UAGACAACAAAUCAAAAGUAACUUUUAUAGGAAAAAAUCAACAUUGUGUUGGUAUAAAAGGGUGCUCAAAACCUCUUUUCUCUCUGAGCAGUUGAAGAUUUUGGAAUAACCUUUCACUUCCAAAGUCUUAAAACCAUUUCCAUUCCACCACCCUCUCUCUCUCUCUCUCUCUCUCUCUCUCUCUCUCUCUCUCUCUCUCUCUCUCUCUCUCUCUCUCUCUCUCUCUCUCUAAAUUCCUACCUAAUACAUUCAUAUAUCUCAACAAGUUGAACCUUCUUCGCGUAUAUAUCUUGAGCAGUUAUGAGAUUGUAGAUUCAUUAGUAUCAUCAUAAAGAGUUAAAGUUUCGAGCUUUAGUUUUUCGGUCUUGAUCAAGAAUGACCCUCAUGAAAAGCAUAUGGAAAUCCAUCUUCCCGGGUUGUUACAAGGGUGAGUAUCCAUCUCCGAAGCCAAAGAAGGUGGUGGCUACAAAGCCAAAUUCUUCUCACAGGAUUUCUGUGACGGAUUUGAGUUAUCCAAGCACGACUCUUUCAGAGGAUCUCUCCAUUUCUCUGGCGGGGACCAACCUCCAUGUUUUCUCACUUGCUGAGCUCAAGAUCAUCACGCAGUCUUUCUCUUCUAGCAACUUUCUAGGAGAAGGUGGAUUCGGACCAGUGCAUAAAGGGUUCAUCGAUGACAAGCUCAGGCAUGGCCUUAAGGCUCAACCCGCGGCUGUUAAGCUCUUGGACUUGGAUGGCUCGCAGGGCCACAAAGAGUGGUUGACCGAAGUUGUUUUUCUGGGGCAACUGAGGCAUCCACAUCUGGUGAAGCUGAUAGGAUACUGUUGUGAAGAAGAACACAGACUUUUGGUAUAUGAAUAUUUACCAAGAGGCAGCUUGGAGAAUCAAUUAUUUAGAAGAUUCACAGCAUCACUACCAUGGUCAACGAGAAUGAAAAUUGCUGUUGGGGCUGCCAAGGGUCUAGCCUUUCUUCACGAAGCCGAGAAACCAGUCAUCUAUAGAGAUUUCAAAGCUUCCAACAUCUUGUUAGACUCUGAUUACAAUGCAAAGCUAUCAGAUUUUGGGUUGGCAAAAGACGGUCCCGAAGGUGAUGACACCCACGUUUCAACACGAGUAAUGGGCACACAUGGAUACGCAGCCCCAGAAUAUGUGAUGACAGGUCACUUGACAGCAAUGAGUGAUGUGUAUAGUUUUGGGGUAGUGCUGUUGGAGUUGCUGACAGGGAGAAGGUCAGUGGACAAGAACCGUCCUCCAAGGGAACAGAACCUAGUGGAGUGGGCAAGGCCAAUGCUGAAUGAUUCAAGGAAACUGAGUAGGAUAAUGGACCCUAGACUUGAAGGGCAGUAUUCAGAAAUGGGGACCAGAAAAGCAGCUGCAUUGGCUUACCAAUGUCUCAGCCACAGACCUAGGAGCAGACCCUCCAUGAGCACAGUGGUUAAGACCCUUGAUCCACUUCAGGAUUUUGAUGACAUUCCAAUGGGAACAUUUGUUUACACUGCUCCACAAGAUCAUAACAAUGAAGUGCAUAGGGAUGCAAAGGAUCAAUGUGAAACACCUAGAAGGAGGGAAAACGACAGCAAUGGCCGACACCAUCACAGGAACCGCAACCUUAACAGGCAUCAUCCUCUAAAGUCCCCAAAGAGCCCCAAGCCACAACAAUCACACACACAUUUACGUUCACCGAAUGAUCACAACAACAAACACAGAAAUGGUAGACGAAUUGGAUCAAACUCUCCUCCAGGAACCAUUAAUAUAUAGGAUACGUAAAAAUCAUCAUAUAUACUGUAUAUACAAAGAUAUUUUCACUUCAUUUUCCCCAUACAUAGAUUGUUUAGUUUUAUGUAGUGUACCAAGUUUCUUGUAGGCCCUAGCAAAAAAAACACAGAGUGAGCGUGCAAGAAUUGAUUAAUAUAUGGUCCAAACAUGGAAAACA